AUGAGACUAGUCGAGGAACAUGCAGUACUUCUUCUAUCGAGAUUCUACGCAUCUAGCCCUAUGUCCGCUUGUCAGAGCCCCUCAAGGCAGUCUCAAGGCCCAUUUGAUCCUAGCCAUGGCUCGGAAAUUAGUCCUGCGUUUAGAAUGUUGAAAACUAUACACUCGAAAUCGCUCCAACGGCGGCCGAGCAGGUUCGUUGCAUGCUGUUGCAUGCGACUUAUCUUGCAAUUUCGAAUCCUAAAUCAGGCGAAGACUCCGGAUGGUCUAGCCCUGCCCUGGAAACUUAUUCGACGAGCUCAUAGCAGAAAUUGCCUAUCAACCAGGUGCCUCCCAUAUCCCCCUCAUAUACUGUAUUCGCUUUACAAGAAAUGUAUCCUUUCUGUUCUCCACCCCUUAUCUCACUCACAUUCCUUCUCUCAUUCAUCACAGGCAGCCCGAAUAGUGCCCACCGCGAAUUGUCAUUGCCCUCAACGGGGGUCGUCGUCACUCUCAUACAUGUCGAUUGACCUGACUGCAUGGCGUCAUGCACAGUGGGAACGGAAUUGUCAGCGUGCGCUGCGUCUUCACUCUGCUCGUAUUUCUGCGAUAACCGCGGGGUUUCCGCAGUGGCUGCUGCGACUCUCAUCGUCUAUGAACAUUGUGAGUAUCCGGAAUAUAUAUUACAUUAGCCUUGCUUGA